GCAGAAACCGCUAGAAGAUUAUUAAAGGAUAAGAAACUGUCACUCAUUUUGGAUUUAGAUCAAACGCUGGUCCAUGCGACAUGGGAUCAAAGCGUAUUGAACUCUAUUUAUAAAGGCAAUCAUCCAAUCGCACAAUUCCAAUUGCCUGGCAGCGAUAUGAUUUGUUUUAUGAAAGCAAGACCAGGUUUACAAGAGUUUUUAAAAGAAGUGGAGGCCUAUUACGAACUUCAUGUCUAUACAAUGGGUACAAGGAAAUAUGCAGAAGCCAUCAUGAGUAACAUUGAUCCCGAUGGAACGUUGUUCAAAGAACGAAUUUUAUCACGGGAUGAAAGUGGCAGCGUGACACAAAAGAAACUUCAGCGGUUAUUUCCUUGUGAUACAUCGAUGGUGGUGGUAGUGGAUGAUCGCUCGGACGUGUGGAGUUUCUCACCCAAUCUCAUUCGAAUCAAACCAUAUGAGUUCUUUCUUGGGACAAACGAUCACUCUCCUCAGCAAGAAAAACAAGAGAUGCACCCACAGGACGACAUGACACAAGAAGUGGCUGCCCCUUUUCGUUUAAAGGAUGAGGAUGAUGAAUUAUCAACUAUUUUAAAGAUUCUAAAGGAAAUUCACACUACAUUUUAUGCCACAAAAGAUCCUCAGCACGAUAUUAAAGAAGCGGACGUGACACAAAUUAUACCCAAAAUGAAAAAACGAGUGUUGAAGGAUGUCAUUAUUACAUUUUCAGAUACCAUUUUGCCCAACCAAAACACAAAGGAUCCAACACUAUCAUGGAUAUGGCAAAUGGCCACCUCCUUUGGUGCCAUGUGCUCCAUUGAUUUAACGGGCAAAACAACCCAUCUUGUAGCGAUAGAAACCAGUCGGCAUAAAGUAAAGGCAGCCAGAAAGUACGGCAGUCCAUCGUUGCAUGUCGUGACACCUGCUUGGCUCUUGGACAGUACGGCCAAAUGGGCGAUUCAGCCAGAAGAAAACUAUCCUGUCCUCCCCACGCAUCCUCCUCAUGCGCUCAGCGACAGUAGUGAUUCAGAAGAAGCGGAAGAGGAAAACGACAUGGACGAGAACGCAUCUGAAGGAGGGAACAUGGCAAGAGCUGGUACUGUUGCUAUACCUUUACUCACACCGAAAAGCGAGGAUACCCAAAGUAGGGACGAGGAGGACGCGAGAAGACUGAACGGCCACGAUCAUCAUUUGAUUGAGGAUAUCAACUGGGACGAAGCAGAUAGAGAAGUAGAAGAGUUUAUUAACGAAAGUGGUAUUGAUGAUGUAUGGGAAGACACCGCGAAUGAGGAUUCCUCUGCCUCUUCUGCAGCCACGACACCGAAAAGUGCUACAGGGACGCCUGGUACAACAGCGACAAGCACCCCUCUCCUCUCUGGCGUGGGUAUGAAACGGAAAAGACAUCCACACCGUCGUCCUCGUCCUAUGGGUGCCGGUGGUGGUGGUGGUGGUGGUGGUGGUGGUGAGAGCAGCAGUCUUCCUACGAGUGGUGCAGAAGAAGAAUCGUCCGCUACAGAAGCAGAAGAAGAAGAAGAAGAAGGAGGAGAAAGUACUGAGGAUUUGAUGAGAUUGAGUAAACUAGCGAAAAGAAAACUAAAAGCAAAAGAAAGAGGCAAGUCCAAGCUUUCCAAAGUCGUGGCUUCAGGAUCCACCACCACAUCUGCUACAGCCUCUACUACAACAGACAAUAAUAACGAAGAAGAAGAAGAAGACCAAGACCAAGACCAAGAGAGUAGUCAUAGUAGCGGAGGAAACAGUAGUGACAGUGACACGGAUGAUAGUAGUUUAUCAGACUUUGCUGAUAUUUUGGAUGAAGCACUAGAUCAAUAAAAAACAACCCCCCAAAGAUACCCUCUAUCACCUCUCAAAGAAUUGGGCUUUUUUUUUUUCUUUAUAAAAAUGGAAGAAAAAAUGAUCUUCCAGCCUUUCCCCUCCCCCCCAAAUUUAACAGCCCGAUCGAAAGGGAAAUUAAAUAUUUCUGAAUUAAGGUUUUUACAGCCUAAUUUCAUUUA